AUGUCGGGACCCAGGUCUUUACGAGCUGCUUUCGAGGCCUGCCAGCCACUGCGAAAACCAUCCCCUUAUUCGAAAACCCCAUCAAGCUAUCGCAGCUUCUAUACAUCACGCGCCUCUCUCCUUGCAGAACCAUCUCUGUCUCCUUCAGAAAAGCCGUCCGACUCCUACGACCUUCAGUCACGCAUCGAAACCCCUCAAACUCAGCCCAUCACCAGGACAUCUGUCAACGAGCAACCCCCCUCCCCCCCCAGCGCCUCAUCAUCUCCUCCAAAGCCCCAGCCUACCCGUCGACUGCGCUUCCCCCGCGCCGUACAAGCGUCCUACCUGCAACCCCUCCGCUACAAAGGCGGCCCAACAUACAACCACCCCGUUUGUACGCUGCAACUCCGCUCCUUCUCCGUCCGCAACGUUGAGUUCAUGGCCGACUUCGCCAUGCGCGCGGCCUUCUACCUCAAGCUCCGCGCCAGGGGGCCUGUCCCUCUACCGAAGAUCGUGCAGCGUUGGACCGUUCUCAGGUCAAAUUUUAUUAAUAAGAACAGCCAGGAGAACUUUGAGAGGAUCACGUUGAGGAGGCUGAUCCAGAUUCAGGAUGGGCAUACGGAGGUGGUCAAGGUUUGGCUUGCGUAUUUGAGAAGGUACGCUUUUUGGGGGGUGGGGAUGAAGGCUAAUGUUUGGGAGUUUGAGGGUUUAGAUGUCGCUGGAAACAUGGACAAAGCAUACUUGGACAUCGAGCAAGAGCUCGACGAGAAGCUUUCUUCCUUUGGCUACAAGCACAACGUUGCUGGCAAGAGAUCGGUGCCGAAUCUGCUGAGGAACCAGGGUAUGAAUUUGCCGGGUAGGCCGAUGAUGGAGCUGCGAGGGGACAUUAAGAGGGAGAGACAGCCGCAUUUGACGGAGAGUAUAUACUAG